AUGUACACCACGCCGGGGCCGCACACGCCGAAGCGCAGUUCUUUGGUUUGGGGCGACAGUGUUCCCGCGCUGCUGAUGGGUGCUAAAAGUGGAUCCUGUCGCUGCUGUCCGCUUUGUCUCGCUUUUGCCGCGGCCCGCGGUGUGGACAUGUGCCCGGUCCCGUACGCCAAUAACGUCGAUAUGCAUGGCCGUCUGAUGUGGCAGCACGUCCGCUCGCGACGUUCGGACCACGCUCUGGGGCGCAUGAUCGGUCGUCUUGAUGCAGAACAUCCGAGCUUUAGCAGAUCUGGGACGCAGGGCUCGCCGCCGGGCCGCGGUGGAAUGGGGCUCACGCAGGACGCGACGAAUGGGGGAAACGGACCCGAGAGGGACGGGGGGCACGGUGGUCCGGGAGAGAGGAGGGUUGUCGCCAGAGGCGGCGAGAACCUCGGAGUCUACGGCGGGCCGCCACCCGGGCCGUGGGUGAGUGGAGCACGGGCGGCGGGCGGGACGGCGGCUGAUGCCAUCAUGCGUCUGGUUCACCUUCUCCGUCGACCGCCACCGUCUUGGGUCGCUGUCCUCUCGGGGUCGAGGCAGCUCUUGUUGCACAAGAGCACGAGAUUCGAUGCCUUUAUCAGUGCCUCAAGGCGAGAGGGUGGUGUUGCUCACCCUCUGCAGAUCACAGGGCACGCACCAUCUUGCGGUAUUUUUUCCCGUCCACUCAUUGAGCGUGAAGUGGUCCGGCGUUCACACCGUCCAACGCGCGUGACGGAAAACAGCGCGCGGAACCGACCUGCUGGCGACCACUUGGAGCUCGUAUUGCAAGGGCGUAAGCUCGGGCGAUCGACUGGUGUCGCUCGCGCAAACUGCACAUUCACCACAGCGGGCCGCCUCUGUACCCGCCCGAGUGGCAACAUUCAAAUCAUUGUCACAUCCGCCCUACGGACCAGGUUUAUAGAUCAUCCCCCUUCCGUGGCCUAA